CCAUCUCCGGCAUGGAGAAAUGAAAGUAACGCCAGCAAGAAACAUUGUAUCCGCUUUACCUUCAUAUACUGACUAUUGCGUAAUUGCAGGCAAUUGUGCACUUUUUGGAUAAAGUCUUGUCAGUAGUCAGCCACUUCAAAAGGAUCACUUACUCGGCUAGCUUCCCGUUUGCACAUAUGUUUCAAAUACCUCAACUGUGCUAAGAUGUAACCUGUAGUCUCUGGCUUAGUUGCUCUUUUUGACUGUGUCGCCAGUCCAGCGUUUCCGAGCAAAAAUGGGAGACGCAACGCUAGAUCCUUCUGCGUUGUCGUUCUUACAAAAGAAAACCCUCUUCCUAAGCAUUGCAAGUGCCGAGAAUGCGAACACGCCGGUCGGGCGACACCACCCAGCCUUUUGUCCCUCCAGCCCGAAAUCUGAGCGCCGUUACUCGGCAUCACUGGGCGGUUCAGCGUCGACAAGGUCGCUAUCGGUUUCCAAGCAACUGUUCAUUGGAGGAGCUGCUCGGGAAGCCGCCUUCCGCUACUAUAUAUCCGCACCAUCGCAGCAGCGGCCACCGCUUACACAUCACGCAUCGGAUGUCGCAACACAAACAGACAAUCCAACACCUGAGGGGUCGUUUUUCGCGUCCAGCCCGACAUCUCCCGACAUCGUGGCCCUUCUGCAGCUGCAUUACCGGGCGCCCGGGGGCCCUGAAGCCAAGCCACACGACAUCUCACCGACAAAGCAUCAUAACGAUGGGUUGCAGCGAAGCCAGGCGGAUCAGUUCCGGCUGAUCGCGCACCUUAUCGAGGCAUCCAUUGCCUCAACCGAGAAAGUUGGCGCGCCCUUUGAUCCCCGACUUGCGGAAGCGCUUUCCGCAGCCAGGGCUGGUGCUGCGGCCUCAGAAACGGCUGGAGUGUGUAGCGCUUACGAGCAAGAGCAACACCACAGCCGACCGAGCACUCCAUCUGCCGAUGGGGCGAAUUCACGCCAAGUGUUGCUGAUGCAAGACAUAGCGGAGGGCAGCAGCGCUUGUGCGCCCUCGGAGCAGGUGGUUGAUGUUGCUGCGGCAACUGCUGAUGAAGCGGAAUCCGGCUCGUCUGCAGCUACUCCUGAAAGCGGAAGAGGAAGCGACAUCAGCACAGAAAGCGAAGGGGCCGCCCAGCCGGACUCCCGAACGUGCUCCCGGCUGCAGCAGCAAGUACGGCAGCUGCAGGAGGAGCUCAGGAAGAGAGCGCUAGCGCAGUACGAUAACAACAGGACCGCCGCCGUCUCCCUGGAGCGCUCCCUCUGCCGGCUCCAGCAAACCGCCGCAGCAGUCGCAGCGCCCCUCAUCCUCACCUCCGCAGCCUCCGCCGCUGCUCCCGCCGCCGCCCCGCCUGCCUUCGCGCCCACCUCUUCCUCCGCAUCCGCCCCCGCCUCCCUCGCCGCCUCACCCUUCACCUCCCAGCACGCCGCCUCUCCUCUUCCUCCUUUACCGCUGCCACCUCCGCACUUGCUGCACUGCCCCGCCACCGAUUUCGCAGCCCUGGUAACCCUGUCUCGGCAGCGUGACGCCCUGGCCGCGCAGUGCUCGCGUCUGGAGCGGCAGUGCCGGGGGCUCCUGUCGUACGUUUCCAUGCUGGGAGGCAACGGCUGUUGCGCGAGUGUGGUGGCUGGGGGCCGUACGGCCUUGACUGCCGGUGGUGUUGGAAGGGGUGGCGUGGAGGCGGGCGGGAGGCUGGGUGGGCUGCAGUCAGGAGGGGAGGAGGGUGUGAGCGGCAGGGGGCAGCUGCCGUCGGGUUUGUGGCGUGGUGGAUUGGGACAGCAGCCGCAGGAGGAGGGGUGGUGGAACACGCAGGUGCAGCAGCAGGAGGAGAGACAGCAGGGGCAGGUGCAGCAGCGGGAGGAGCCGUGUGUGAGGGUUCGGCUGGUGACACGGCAGGAGCGGCCGGAAGAGGAACAGCAGCAGGGGCAGCAGCAGCAGCAGGGGGAGGAGGAGGUUCAGUCGGCGGCAGCAGCAGCGGCGCCGGUGGGUGUUGUAGGCGCGGGGAAGCACCGCCACGUGCGUCUGCACUUGCUCGUGACACAUCAGCAGGAGCAGGAGGAGGGCCAGGAGGAGGUGGAAGAGCAAGGUGCUGUCAGCUGCCCGCUGGCACCCGGUGUAUCAGCCGAGCCCUGGCGGAGACGACUGGAGCCGCUGCUGCUGCGGAUGCAGGCGGGAGGGCAGGCGGAGAGCGAGGAGGAGGAAGUGGAGCAGCAGGAGGAGGAGAAGGCAGUCAAGGGGUUGCUGCCCUUGCCGCCCAUGCCCCAACCAGCAUGCGAGGACGCAGGGCGGCAGGAGGAGGAGGUGGAGCUGGAGAAGGGCAGCGGCAGCAGCCGCAGCGGGCGGCCAUCAUGCCAGCAGCAGCAGCACCCGACGAGCAACAUCCAAGAACUACAGCAGCAGCAGCAGGAGCAGCUGGAGCAGGAGCAUUCGUUACAGCCGCAGCCCCUAGGUCAACAGCAGCAGCAGCAGCACCAUGUCAGGUGGGCACCCAUUGCCAACGCUUGUGGCGGUGGGGGUGGUAAUGGCAGCGCCAUCUUGCCAAAGCGCGGAGGGGGCCUCCAGGGGGAGGAUGCGGAGGCUGACACCGAACCCGAAGCUACUGCAAUCCUACUGCAGCAUGCCUCCAGGCGCAGCAACACCACACCCACCACCACCACCUUGCGGAGUUGCCGUAGCGCCCCCGUCCUCGCGGAAGACGCGCUCGCAGCGUUUGAUGAGGAGGACAUGUACGGUUACUGUACGACAUCCGAUGACGAAGGAGAUGCUGAGGAUCUCGGUGCCGCUGAUGAGUACGGUGAAGAUGAGGAUGACAGGGACUGUACGGCAACUGGUGGGAUGUUGUACGGCAGCCCGUCCCGCCGCAAGUCGUGCGGCAUGACUCCGAAAACCUCAGCAGCUGGAGCGGGAGCGGCGGCAGGACGUAUCGCCACGCCUCCAUGCAGCCCUCGAUCCUCCCCUUGCAGUCCCUGUCACAGCCAUGUUGGCAGUUUGAGGGUGGGCAGUUUGCGUGGCGCUGCCUCCUCUGUCAUCAAGGGCGGCAUGGGCGCUAGCGGCGGCGGCGGAACGCAUGGAGAUCCUCACUACGUGUACGGCGGUAGUGAGGCAGAUUCAGAUCUGUUUGAUCUAGCGGACGCCGAGUGGGACGAGCUAACCUCCGCCGCUUCCGUACACAGUCCCGAGUCGCUUGCGGCUGCCGUACGCUUCCUUCGAGAGCAGCUGCAGCUCGCCCACAUGGACAUCCUGGCGCUGACGACGCAACUGGGCAGUCUGAGUCACCAGCGCGAGGGGUUGAGGGCUCGUGCGAGUGCCCGGGACGCCGCGGUGCAGCAGCUGGCGAUUAACGAGGGCGAGGCGCUGUUGGAGGCGCAGGCGCUGCGGAUGCAGCUGGCGGCGGAGCGGGCUGCGAGGGCGAGGCUGGGGGCGCAGUGUGAGGAGCUGCAGGACAAGCUGCUAGCCUUCCUGUCAGGCCGGCCCCUGCACGCCUCCUCCGCCUCGCAGCCGCACCCCUACCUGGCAGCAACGCCCUCGCCGGGAGCCUCCAGGUUCGGACCCAUGGGUCACUGCGGCGGCCCUCCGCUGCUGCUACCACAGCAGCAUUCCAUGGUUGGCAGUCUGGGCCACCAUCGCACCCUGCACUUCCCCACCCCUCCGCACCCCCCUCACCCGCACCACCACCCUCACAACCAACACCCUCACCCGCAACACCUCGAGCUGACUCCGCAAUCGCAUCCGCAACCGCAGCAGCAGCAGCAGCAGCAGUUGCACCCUCCUGACAACCCCAGGUCCCCGGGUCCUAGGUCGCCCGGUCCCUACCCCCGCAUGUUGCUGCAGCACCAGCACCAGCACCACCACAACUCGCGACAGCAGCAGCAGCAACACCAGCAGCGGUCUCGCUCCGUGCCGCACCUGCGGCCCUCCUCCCGGGUCCUGGUGGCGAGCAGCAGCAGGGUGCCGCAUGGCUGCUAGGUGGGCGGGGGGUAAAGAGGAACCAAUAACUGACCGUGUGAUAAGGCGUCAUCAUGGUGGUGGUGGGGGGGAGCCGCCUGGCCUGCCAGCCUGCUGCUGUUGUUGCUCCUCCGCUGUGGAGAGGAGGGGCGGGAGGGUCUCCGGUCUGCCGUACUGGGGGCGUUGGGGUGCUGGGAUUCGGAGAAGUGUAAGGAGGGGCGUUGCGGCUAGCAAGGCGGUUGUUGUGGAGAGCGGGGCUGGAAGCACCCUGCUUUGGCUGGCAGCUGGGAGGUUGGCCGGAAGGUUGUUCUUCGGUCCCUGCCUGCCUUCUUGCCUGCCUGGCGUCUUAGCAAAUGAAUGGUACUACAGGGUGUAGUUGUUCGGAGACGUGCGUGUUUGGAUUUGUGAUAGACAGACUAGAUUGGUCAGAACAGUCAAGGAGGAAAAGCAGCAGCACCAGCAGCAGCAGUAGGAAAGUAGCGUCUAGGACAGAGGCGAGACAUUUCGCGCCGCCCUAGGUUAGAUGGUGUCAAUUGUCUGUAUGCGCAACUGUUGCGAGGAACGAGGAGAACGGAAGGCGCGGUAGUAUCAUUGACGCGCGUCUGUCUGUUAUCUAAACUAACCGCGAAUUGGAACGUACUGGGUUGUUGCCGGAUUGUGCGUGUGUGUCGCUUUCGCGGCUCAUCUAUAUAAGAGCAGUGCGAAAGGAAAGCAACCCCCUGAGAGAUGGAGCGGAGGACGCGCCGUGAGGUUGGAGGUUGUUGGUCGUGGUGUUGUGAACACGAGGACUCUGGUGGCUGUGUGGACGCCCAAGGCGCCUCGGGAGAGGGCGCAACGCUGCUGUGAUGUGGGAGAUGAUCCUGGCGGCCGUUGUAGACCGGUAGCUGUUGUAGGACGUGACACGUGGUGGUAGGGUACGUAGGGUACUAGAGACGUCGUGGGAGGGUGUGGUAGUUUAUGUGUCUUACAUCAUCUGUGUGUCGGGGAACACCCUGUAGGCCAAAGCAGAUGGCCAGUUUUGUUGGUUGCAUAAGAAGCGUAGAAAGGACAGGAUAGGGGUGUGAGUUGAGGGGAAAAAAGGAAUUCCAAAGUGUGGUAUGAUAAUGAUAGUUGAGGGGGUGUUGGAACUAGGUAGGCUCUCGUUUGCAGGCUGGCCAAGACGUGGUGGGGAGUGCCGUGCGUUCCAUAGCACGCCCGUCAUGUACGCGCAUGAUUGUUAAGAAUCUUGUGGUUAGAUGCGCGUUGCUUUCAUUGGUGCAAAUUGUAAACAAGUGGUGAGGGCUGUGGUCUUUGGCUGCCAACGCU